UGAUAUAUGUAGUAACUAAUCAAAACUUUUAAUUUUUCAGUUGAAUACGUCACCGUCGUCGAUCCGAGACCUGCCCUACUGCGUGCGUCAUCCCAGAGGAGAGUCCGUCGGGAGUGGACAAUAGCGGAAAAAAAAAUAAUUUCCAUUUUUCGCACGUUUUUUUGAUGUUUCCUUUCGCCGGCAACGCCUAAUGAGCCUGCAUCGUUCUAAUUAUAGAAGAGUGAAACAACAUGAGGCGUAACAAUUUUCUGCAAGCGCACCGCAGAUGAUAGAAAGCCGACGGAUUGCGUGGCCGGCACAUCGUUCAUAGAAAACGGACGUUUCGGAACAGAAAAAGGUAAACAAAAACGGCGAAAGUAGUUUAUUCAUAUAAGUAGACUUUUUUUAUAUGAAACUAUUGUAGUGGAAGUUUGUAUCUGUUGUUCGUGAACUGUGUUUGUGAGUUAUCACUGCGUAUUGUCACGAGAUGUCUUUAUAUACUUUAUUGCAUUUUUGUUAUCAGUGUUUUGAAUAGGCAGUAGGUAGACCAGAACCAAAUCCAAGAUGGGCACUCCUUCAGACAGUCCCGUCGAGGAGGUGAUGUUCGAAAUCGAACCGUCCAGGGUACCAAAACCGGUGCCAGUAGCCCUUGAGGACCUCUGCAGACUGACCAAAUUCACCAGACAAGAAAUUCGGAUCAUGUACAGGGGAUUUAAAACGGAAUGCCCCGAGGGUGUCGUCCAUGAAGAUAGCUUUAAAGAAAUUUAUUCCAAAUUUUUUCCUCACGGAAAUUCUAGUUUGUAUGCACAUUACGUGUUCAAGGCCUUUGAUGUCAACUGCAACGGGGCUAUUAGUUUCAGGGACUUAUUAAUAACAUUAUCGACCCUCCUGCGGGGUUCGGUGUACGAGAGGCUAAGGUGGACUUUUAAACUGUACGACGUGAACGGCGAUGGAUGCAUUAGUAGAGGGGAGCUGUCAGAAAUAGUCGUGGCAGUUCACGAAUUAAUGGGAAGGAGAGCCCAUCAGGUAGAAGAUGAUAGAAAAGCGAGGGAGCAGAUAGACCGAGUCUUCCGAAAACUGGAUUUAAAUCAAGACGGCGUCAUCACCAUAGAAGAAUUCAUGGAAUCCUGUCUCAAAGACGACGUCAUCACUAGGUCAUUGCAGAUGUUCGACGCGGUCCUGUGAUAAAUGUGAUGAGGCCUUUAUCCACGGGGUCAACAUCCAAUACCGAAAUCGGUCUUUGUGAACAGUGCGUUGGACUUUAUGGAUUGGUGGAUUAUUGACGUUGUAGACGAUUGUGAGUGUUACUUUUAGGAAAUCCGUAGACUCAGAACAGAUAUGAAGGUAGUGGUGAUACGAACUCUUAUAGUACUUUUAAUAAAUUGACGUUAUGGUUGUUUAAAGAUAUUUUAUGCUCAAACCAGAAUAAGAGUAACAGCAAUUCUUAAUCCUAUUUUUAACGUUUUAUCUCAACUAUUUUGCCUUAAUAUUCUGAAGGAAACCAAUAUAGUAUGCAGAGAAAAAAAUACAAAAGAAAUAGCUCUCAUCAAAUAGCUAACUAACAAAAUGAGGUAAAUUUAAUGUGGCAUGGAGCGCACAGAUACACAAAUAUACUUUUUAUUCAAAUAACUUUUACAUUACGCUGACCACUCACUAUCAGGUACACAUGAUAGGCACGCCUGAACAGUCAAGCCUGUCAGGUGUGCCUGAUAAUGUAUGGUGGGUAUGCCUCUCAGGCGACCUGAAGGCGACCUGAGAACUGAUGAAAAUUCGAUCAAUUUUGCCUGACGGGCGAGUAGACUUGAUGUGUGUGUGGGGGUUUUAUCAUGUGUAUGUGAACAAGUCUCAGUUUUGAUGUGGACAAUUUACUUUUUUAGGUUAAAGCUUUGUAAUUUUGAUUUAUUUUACUAUUGUGUGUGUUCCUUUAACUUUUUUACCAAUUGCUGAUGAUCUAGGUGCAGUCGCUCAUUCUACAAGCGACGUGAGAGAGGUGUUUUCACAACUCGAGGAAAAAAUAGGUAGUCUGGGUUUUCGAAUAAAUGAAGAUAAGACGAAAUACGUUAUUAACCAAAAAUCCAAGACCAAGAGUUAGGCAGAAUAUAACAACUAUUAACGACCAUAACUUCAAAGUAGUAAAAGAGUUUAAAUAUCUGGGGCGGUAACCACAGAUAGAUGACAACCACAUACUUAGAAAAAGAGGUCUCAGCAAGGAUAGCUACGGGAAAUAGAGCAUUAUACUCCCUAUCAUUAUUAUUAAGAUCUAAGCUGCUAAAAAGACAAUCUAAAUUAAGACUGUACAUGUCAAUUAUUCGCCCAGUUGUUACACAUGGAAGUGCAACAUGGACUCUACAUCAGCGGGAAAUUAAAUAAGCUGCUGGUAUUUGAAAGAAAGGUUCCUUGAAUCAUAUUUAGCACUAUAAGAGAUGAAUUGUCAGGAGAGUGAUAAAGGCGCAGCAAUGCUGAAUUGGUAACUCUGUAUGGUACUGAAAACAUCGUCAGAGACAUAAAUUCUAACCAGAUAAGGUGGUCAGAUCAUGUGGUAAGAUUACAGAAAGACAGAGUGUUUAAAGAGAGUGUUUUUUGAAAGAACAGGCAGUAGAAGAUCAGCAGGCCUUCGCCUUUCCUGAGAAAGAUGGAACUAUGAUGUUGAAGCCAAUUUACCUAGGAUUGGGGUACCACAAUGGUAAAUGGAAACACAAGAUCUCAAAAUGAAGUGUUAUAGUGUACAGUCAAGAAGAAGAGGA